AUGGCUCCUUCACGAGGACCACAAGCACUUGCUCGAACGCUCCAUAAAACACUCUCGAAUCACCGAGGACCUGUCCAUGUUGUUCGGUAUGCCAAAGGCACUGCAAAGUAUGUUCUAAGUGGAGGACAGGAUCGUACGAUACGUCUCUGGAAUCCAGAGCUUGGUACCGAGAUCAAAAAGUUUGAGGCCCACGGAUACGAGGUCCUUUCCAUAUCUGUGAGUCAUGACAAUGCAAAGUUUGCGUCUUCUGGAGGGGACCGCUCUGUCUUCGUAUGGGAUGUGACGGCGGGUGUGACGACGCGUAGAUUGGCAGGCCAUAUGGGCAAGGUGAAUGUUGUGGAGCUUAAUGCAGAUGCGACUGUGCUGGCGAGUGGCUCGUAUGAUUCCACAGUAAGAUUAUGGGACUUGCGGGCACCAGCGCGUGCGCCAAUCCAAGUGCUCGAAGAAGCUCGUGACGCCGUGCAGACCUUAAACGUGGAUGCAACCACGAUAAUUGCAGGCUCUGUAGAUGGACAUGUCCGAACAUAUGAUCUUCGUAAAGGCGAACUACGUUCAGACUUCAUAGGACACCCGGUCACCUCGGCUAUCCCCUCAUCCGAUGGUACCACGCUUCUCAUAUCUACGCUUGAUUCGCACGUCAGGCUAUUCGAUACGACCAGCGGUAAGCUUCUUAAUGCCUUCACCGGCCACAAUCACACGUCGUAUCGCUGUCGAGCAUGCUUUGGACAUGCAGAAGCGACGGUUGUUUGUGGAGAUGAAGACGGUGCCGUUUGGGCUUGGGACUUGGUUGAUGCUACCGUUUUGCAACCCAAUCCUCCGCCAAAAGUUCAUGACAAGGUGAUCACUUGGACGGAGCAUCACCCAAUAGACCCUGGGGAGAUGAUUACAGGCAGCGCAGAUGGGACUGUGAAAGUCUGGCGGCACCCAAGCUAG